CGCACAACGUCCGUCGCAUCCAAACCGCAUACACCGCUGUUGGUCGUCCGUCGCACGCGCGCGCCCACACGAAACACGCACUUGUACGCCGUCCGCGCGUCCCGUCGAUCCUGCUCCUGUCGACCGGCUCUCUCACGUGACCGCGGUCCGCCCGGGACGUUUCGUACGCGCGAUACCGCAGUCGUAGUCGUGACGCGCGUUCAUCUCACGGCGUUCGGUGUGUUAUAUAUCGUCAGGUGUUCGGCGACCGAUCGGAAAACACGAUAACAGUACACGCGCAAAGCGCGCGCGAGCUCGUUCCACCGAUUUUUUAUUUCAUUUCGUUUUAUUUUUAUUUUUCCUUUUUUUUCUUCUCCUUUACCCAGCGCAUUUGAUCCCGCCAAAAAGUAUCCUCGGCCCGUCGGUUCGGGUUCGUCGUAUUUUAUUUGUUUUGUUUUUUUUUUUUCCGAAAAUGGAUGGAACUGUUUUCCGCGCCGUCGUCUUGCUGACAAUCAUAUUCAAGGCACACGAGGUCUCUAUGCAAGAUUACGAUGUGUCGGAAAUACAAUGUUCGUUUUCGACGGACUCAUUGAGGGUGGGCAAAGCGCUGUUGGGCGUCAAAGACGUGAUAUCCGCCAGACUGAAGAAACCUGAAGGAUUCAAGGGACAUCCACUGUUUGCCGAUGACCGAUCCGUUGACCCACUCAUCGAUCCAAUCUGUCAGAUACGACCCGACUUGGCGGACGCAUCACUGUUGACCUACAACUUGUUGGUCACCGAUUUUACGCGGUGUGGCGUACUCCGGAGAAACGGUUUCGUGCACGUCCGAGUGUGGUUUCCACAGUUUCCCGGCGUGGUGAUGAUGUCCGAUCAAGAGCUGAUCAUAAUGUGCAAGCCGCCGGAACCGACGGUGAUCGAGAACAAAGCUGCGGGUUUUGCCGGAAGUUUCCCACACGGUGCGCGGGUGUCCGGAGUCGUAGAAGAGACGCCCGGAAGACUUGAGUACGAGGUUGCCCUGUACAAGGAAGCGCCCGCUCGAUUGACCAACUUGAGCCACAACAGCGAGCUGCCCGUCGACCAGGCUGUGCCCAUCGGCACCAAAUUACAGCUGCGGGCCAGGAUCAAUCCGCAUUCAGCUUGGAAGUUCGUCAAGUUAAUGGAAGUGUCCGUGUCUCCAGAUCCCGAUAACGCGCACGUGUCCGGCAGCGUCGCCCUGGUCAAGGACGGAUGCCGAAACCGAGAUUUUGCGACAAUUAUCCCGCAUCAGCCGGCCAAGUACCGGGAGCGGCACAACGAAGUAUUUUUGGACUUUGAGGCGUUCUUGCUGAGCACAAUGAAAGAACGGUCGACGUUAUGGAUUCACUCGCAGAUAAAAGCGUGCAUGGACGCCAACGACUGUCAACCGGAAUACUGCUUGGAUCUGUUCGAACCGUCCGGGCACGGGCGUCGGCGCAAGAGGCACGUGAACACCAACAGCACGGCGCUGCUAUCGACCGUGGCCGCGGACGCAGCGGACAAGUCGUUGAACGCGACGAACUUCGCGAAGUUCAAGGAGAACAUCGAGUACACGGUGAUCAUGCCCGAGGACAUAUACCACGGUAGUCCGGUGACGUCGGAGAACAACUGCGGCACGUUCCUGGCGCUGUCCGGCAUCCUCGGGUGUCUGCUGUUCGUGGCCGCCAUGAUCCUGUGCUACCUGACGUCCCGGCUGCAGGCGGCCAUCGGGUCCAAGUACAGGACGCAACAGGACUCGUUCGGCGGUCGGCUGAACUGCGGCGGCCAGUCGUCCAAGUUCCCCGUAUCGUUCACCGGUUCCUCGGCAUACACGGGGCGGUUACAUUGAUCAUUGCCGUCAUCAACGUCAUCAUCAUCAUCAUCACCAUCAUCAUCAUCAUAAUCGUUCCGAGUGUGCUCGUGCGAUCGAAGCUAUUAUUAUAAUUUUUUUUUUUUUUUUUCAUUGUAAAUAGUCCCUCCCCCCAUUACCGACACAGUAUCAUAGACGCUUGAUUCACGAUUCAAUCCGAUCAUCUUAACAAAAACACACGUCCGUCCAACGCCCAACGUCGCUCCCUAUACGGAUACCGCGGUGAAUAUAUUAUUUCGCGUUACGCACAUCGUUGUUAGGUGUACGCGUGCGCGUCCAUUCGCGGGACGAAUCUCACCCGACAACGAUCCCCGGGUCCUUGGGGUCUUAUCGGUUAUCAUUAUUUUCUAUUUGGAUUGUAAAAUCGGUUUUGAAUUUUUUUUAUUUAACACGCGCUUUCAGCUCACCACCGGACUUCCAUUCCCGUUCGAAGUUACCGCGAGAAAAAAAUAAUCACGCAACGCAAACAUAAUGUUCGACGGUCCUCUAUGUACAUGCUUCAUACAGCACAUCGCAACCGUAUUACUGUUAUACAACGUGUCGAAUUGAAUCGUGAUUUAAACGAUACUAUUGCGCUAUCGUUGUCAUCCCUCGUGGUUUUAUAAUAUUUUACAACGUCGUGUACCUAUAUAAAUAUAUUAUUAUUAUUAUACUGUUUAAUUUUAGAACACUAUUGUUUAGUCGCGGCCAGUUCGCCCAGUCACAAUGGUCUAUCGUAAUGCUAUUUUAUCUUGUUAAACGGAUACACGAUGUAUAAUAAAUUAUUAAACGUUUCCAUCGAAUGUGUAAUGAUCAUUUUCCGAGUCAUUGUUCGACGCCUGUCGAUCGUCUCUUGUACAUCGAAUCACAAAAUAUCAGUGCAUUGACAGUAUUUCAAACCAGUAAGGGGUAAUACUAUUAAUAUUGUUAUUAUUGUAUCGAUCCCGUGUUCAUGAUACAUUUUUUUUAUUUAUUUAUUUUUUU